UCUUCCCAUCCAAAACCCAUCCUUAAAAUCUUUCGAAUGUCUGCAAGCCUAUCUCUAUCCUCCACCCUACGAUUUCACAGAUCCAACCGUCGGAACCCCUCCGCUCGCCAAAUGACGAUUCUAGCCUUCGCCCCAUCCGUCAGUCUCCCAAAACCAUCCAAUCUCUACGAUGUCCUACGUGUCAAGCAAACCGCCUCUCCGAUCGAGAUCAAAACCGCUUACCGGGCGCUUGCGAAGCGGUUCCAUCCCGAUACAGGAUCCGACGGCCGAGAUUUCAUCCAGAUUCAUGAAGCCUACGCCACGCUGUCGGACCCAACAGCGAGGUCGUUGUACGACCGUUCGAUGGAGCGGGGUCUCCGGUUCGACGGCCGUGAUCGUUCUGGCCCAGCUUUCCGGACGAGGAGGUGGGAGACGGACCAGUGCUGGUAGGAAGCUGACAGGUGUUUUUACUGUACAGGCCGCUGUGUUGCGGGGGAAGGGCAUUUCAUGUAAAUUUCAGAUUCUGUCGAAUGGCAGGAUGUGUAAAUAAUGAUCAUGUUGAGGAGUAAUUCGAGACUUGAA